AUCCCAACAGUUUUUAUGUUUUAAGGAACUUUUCUUGUCGUUAAAACAAGUUUUUCUGGUUUUAACAUAAUAAUAAGUUUCAGUCUGUAAAGAGACGAUACCGUCGCCUCCAUGUCGAUAUAAAGUGGAUGAUAUAUGAUUAUUCUGGGCUGCAGUGUGAAAUAAGCAUGAAAUUAAACUUUUAAACUAAAUUAAACAACAUAUGAAACUUUCCAACUUAUGAUGUUAUAACCAGAAACGUUCAUUUUGUGAUCUAUGAAGAUAAAGUGAUGUCAUCACAGGAAAGACUGAAUGAUUUAGUGUCUCGUAAUAAUGAUUAAAACAUACCGAAGAUCAUUUCCACUUAAAAAAAACAAACAAACAUAUUUAAGUAAAUCAGAAAUCCUGCUCAUCAGACGGGGGGGCGUGGCCUCGGUGAUGACGUCAUCAGACGGCGCUCUGCACCUGUCUGUGUGCAGCUCAGGUGUAUAAGAGCUGCAGCAGCCGGCUGCGUGUUUCAGCAGCUCGGGAGGAUUUCCUUCUGCUGCUGUUUGAUGUUCACAUGAUUAUUAACGUGUUUGAUUCUUCUGUUGUUGUUCAUGAGCUGAACGUUGCCUUCAGGCCUCCAUCGAUCAUCCAUCAGCUCAUUGAUUUAAAUUGAUUGAUUUGUGCUCAGAUGUUAUGUUUCAAGGUUCUGACUCAUUUUUUACCUUCUAGCUUUAAUCACUCAAGUCGUCAUAUUUGUUAAUUAAUUUGUUUCUGCUCUUUAAUGUUUGAUGAGACUGAAAGCAGCUGUUCACUCUGUUUUUAUGAAGCUUUAAUGACGUGUUUCCUGAUUAAUAACCCUUCAUUAUUAACAGGUUUUAUUGUAAAGAUGAGUGUUCAUUUAAUUUGAAUUGUGCUGAUGUUACUAACAGUUUCUGUGUGUGCAGGUUUCUGACUGUAAAAUCCUGAAACAUGUAAAAGUUUAUUUCUCUUCUUGUGUUUAAAGCCGACGAACAGAAACUUUUUCUGUUUGUUUUAUCUGUUACUGAUGUGAAGAAACAAGCAGGAAAUGAAAUCAGCUGAAUCUUUAACCUUUUAAAUUUGAAGAUAAAUGUUCAUUUUUAAUUGAACAGUUUGUCUUUUCGAUGAUCCGUCAGCUGAUCUUUAACAGUUCAGUUUAUGUUUCAUGUUAACGUGUUUCUGCAGAGAUGAUUCAUGUUUCUUCCAGUGAAACAUUUCUAUUUUCUCCACUAAAACUCGGUUUAUUUUUCAUGACGGUUUUUAAACAUGAAGUCUGUUUGAAGUUUUGACUGCUUGGAUGUUUUUUGGGCUGUGACGUCGUCACAGAUGGAGAACAACUCUGAAAUCGUGUUUGUGCUUCACGGUCUGAACGACUCUCUGACAAACCGGCAGGUCUACUUCGCCUUCGCUCUCGUGUCGUACCUCUUCACCAUCUUCGUCAACCUGACGCUCAUCGUCACCGUGUGUCUGGAGAAAUCGUUGCACGAGCCCAUCUACAUCUUCCUGUGUAACCUGUGCUUCAACGGGAUCUGCGGCGCCUCCAGUUUCUACCCGAAGCUGCUUCACGACCUUCUGGCCGAGUCUCACGUCAUCUCCUACGCCGGCUGUCUGGCUCAGAUGUUGGUCGUCUACAGCUACAUUUUCUGCGAGUUCACCAGUCUGACCGUCAUGGCGUACGACCGCUACGUGGCCAUCUGUAAGCCGCUGCAGUACCGGGCGGUGAUGACGGCGCAGAAGGUGGCGCAGCUGCUGAUGCUCACGUGGUGCUUCUCGCUGCUGGAGGCUUUGACGGGCAUCAUGCUGACGGCCCGGCUGCCGCUCUGCGGCCGCCACGUCCAGAAGAUCUUCUGCACCAACUGGGAGGUGGUGAAGCUGUCGUGCUCCGACACCACCGUCAACAACAUCUACGGCUUCGUGCUCACGGUUUCGCACGUCUCGCAGACGGGACUCAUCCUGGUGUCCUACGCUCACCUGGUGCGCGCCUCGCUCAGGUCGCGUUCCGACCGCAGGAAGUUCGUGCAGACGUGCCUGCCGCACCUCGUCACGCUGCUCGUCUUCACCGCCUCGCUGGUGUUCGACAUCAUGUACUCUCGCUACGGCGGCGGCCGCUCGCUGCAGGCGCUGCGGAACGCGCUGGCUGCGGAGUUCCUGGUGGUCCCGCCCCUCAUCAACCCGAUCAUCUACGGCAUCAACCUGCAGCAGAUCCGCUCCAAGAUCUUCCCCGACUUCACCCGCAAACCGGACAUCACAAAGUCACACACAUGACGACCUGCCGCCCGCCGUGAAGAACCACGAACCCGACGCCUUCGACUCUCUGAAACUGGAAACAUUAAAGACUGAAGUGAAGUUAAAGGUGAAAACAAACGUUGCUGUUGUUGUUUUCAGUUUGCAAA